GCCAUUAGAACACAACCACUGGCGCCAAGUUGGGUCUCAAAUCUCUUCAGAUUCAAGCGAAACACCCAACUUCAACAUUUUUCAUUCUAGUUUUUCAUCCCCGGAGACUGAUUCAAGCUACUCAAUGGAGAUUUCAAGAUCACAAUCGUUCUUUCAAGAUCUCAGUUCCAGAGAGUUCAAUGGAUUCAGAGUUCGAAAGCGGCCGCGAUUUUCCGCUGAUAUUGCUCUUAGCUUCAAGGAAGUCGGAGCUUUAGCUGUUGAACACGACGGCGACCAGACGCCGCCAUUGGCCGUUUCGUUCUGCAAGACGUUGGAGAACUCGCACAUUUUUGCACUUUCGGACGAGGAUGGGUUCGUAAGCCUGUUCAAUACUUGCAGAAGAUUUUCAUUGUUUUCAUCUCACGAGGAAAAUUCAGAGAAGUCUAGGGUUUGUGAAUGGGAAGCCCAUCGCAAUGCUGUGUUUGAUGUUUGUUGGAUCAAGGACGACACUCAAAUGAUUACAGCCUCCGGGGAUCAAUCUAUGAAGUUAUGGGAUGUUCAGGAAAUGAAAUGCAUAGGAAUAUUGAGAGGGCACAAAGGAAGUGUGAAAUCUAUAUCAUCUCAUCCAACUAAUCAUGAUAUCAUUGUAUCUGGUUCAAGAGAUGGCUCAUUUGCUCACUGGGACUUGAGAACCAGUUCUUGUUGCAAAGUUGGAAGUGAGGAGCUGUGUCUGCAAGCAACUGCAGUAGUUAAAGGAGCUCAUCUUUCCUCUCAUGCAAAGCGCAUCAGGCGUCAAAAGUCUGCUUCGAAGAGCAUAACUUCUGUUCUUUAUCUAAAAGACGAACUCACCGUAGCCACAGCUGGUGCAGUGGAUAGCGUAGUGAAGUUCUGGGAUACAAGAAAUUUGAAAAAUGCAACCACUCAGUGCCAACCCAAAUCCAGCGAUAAGGAUACGAGAUUACAUGGUAUAUCUAGCCUAUCCCAAGACGCCAAUGGGGCAUUUCUUUCGACAUCUUGCAUGAAUAAUAGAAUAUAUUUGUACAAUGUACUUCAGCUGGAGAAGGGUCCUGUAAAAUCAUUUUCUGGAUGCCAAAUAGAUUCUUUCUUUGUAAAGUCUGUAAUCAGUCCUGAUGCUUCUUACCUUCUCAGUGGUUCUACCGAUGGAAAUGCCCAUGUUUGGCAGGUGGAUAAGCCUCAUGAAGAUCCCAUCACAUUAACAAAACAUAAUGGAGAAGUUUCGGCGGUGGAUUGGUCUUCGUUUGAAGUCGGGAAGUUUGUGACAUCUUCAGAUGAUUUCACGGUUCGAAUAUGGAAUUCUCAAAACAACAGUUGCAGCUCAAGCAAAAGGCCAACUUCAGGCAACCGAAAGAGAAUUAUGGCAAUGCCUACCAUAGAACAGGCCAAAGACUCUGAUACUUCAGAUUCUCCAUACUUCGACAGAGCUUGUGCUGCUCCCUCCAAUUCAAAUGCCAUGGACAUGGAGCAUAAAUUAGGCACUCCCGAAUCCAAGGUAAAAAGAGUUUUAUCAGCUGCUUUAAUUGAAAGCUUUGAGAAAACUCCUGAAGCCAAUUCGAAAAGCCCAUCUUCUGUUCUCAAUCCUCCUCCUUCCUCCAUGAAAAGAAAAACAAUCCGAGAUUACUUUCUAGUUGCUCCAUAAAGCAAGACUCACUAAGAGGAAGAGUACAUAUUUUUCCAAUUCAUUCUUCGAGCACUAGUUAUGGUGGUGGGUCCAAAUAGAAGCCUUUAGAACAAGAAACCUCCCCCAGUUUGCACUUGGAAGCUGAUGAUUUUCUUGUUAACUUUAUACCUUAGUUUUGGAAGUCAUGAGAUGAUGUGGUAUAUUUGAUGUGAUGGCUUGUAUUUGGGAUGUAUAGUGAGGGAAGCAGUUUUAUGUACAGAUUUAUGUGAAGUCUUAACUUGUAGAAUUUAUACGUUCGACAGUUUAAAGCAUUGGCGUCGAGAGUUAAUUAUUA